AAGGACUGUGAGACUGUGAAGUGUGAACAAUAAUAAUAACAUGCUUGAAAUUUGAUUUGUUUAGCUCCUUAAUUUAAUAACACUAAUGUUAAUAAAGUAAAAUAUAAUAAUGACUUGUGUAUAUAUUUUGUCCUUAAUACCAAUCUUACCCUCCAAAUUUUCUAUUUUUUAUCCCUCUCGCACACGCCACGCGCCGAUUGUCGUUCACUCGCCGCGAUUCCGCCGGAAAUUGCCGGAAAUGGAAUUCUCCGGCACCGUUCCGAGGUCGGGCUCCUCUUUCCGACUUAACUGCAAUGAUGGUGACCCUUUGUUGGGUUCUCGUGCCGGUGCAGGAAAAGGGGAUGCUUUAACUACUGAGACUGAUCUAGAGGCAUCCUCCUCAAGUAGAAAUGCUCCUAGAAAGCAGAGAUAUCGUAUGAGCAACAUCAAAUUGUUUGGGGUAGAAUUAUCCCCAGAUAAUGUUGCUGUUGCGAUGGUAUAUUUUGUUCAAGGGGUUUUAGGACUAGCAAGGUUGGCUGUCAACUUUUACUUAAAAGAUGAUUUGCAUUUGGACCCUGCUGAGGCAGCUGUGAUUUCUGGUUUCUCUGCAUUGCCGUGGCUUGUCAAACCUCUGUAUGGGUUUAUUAGUGAUUCUGUCCCCCUCUUUGGUUAUCGAAGAAGGUCAUACCUAGUUCUAUCAGGGCUGCUUGGUGCACUCUCAUGGAGUUUGAUGGCUACUUUUGUUGAUAGCAAAUACAAUGCUGCUUUUUGCAUCCUUCUUGGAUCUCUUUCUGUUGCCUUCUCGGAUGUUGUUGUAGAUUCAAUGGUUGUGGAGAGGGCACGUGGUGAGUCACAAAGCACCUCAGGAUCUCUUCAAUCUUUAUGUUGGGGUUCUUCGGCUUUUGGUGGAAUAGUGAGUUCCUACUUCAGUGGGUCUUUGCUGGAUACAUAUGGUGUAAGGUUUGUUUUUGGCGUCACAGCAUUGCUUCCAUUGAUAACAUCUGUAGUUGCUGUUCUUGUAAAAGAACAAGCUAUCCUUGGUACAUCAACAGGGCAAAAUCUUCUUAUUGCUGGGCCAGAGUUUUUGGAAAGUUCAAAACAGAACAUUAUUCAGCUGUGGGGUUCUGUACGGCAGCCCAGUGUUUUUCUUCCCACUUUGUUUAUUUUUUUGUGGCAAGCAACUCCCCAGUCUGACUCUGCCAUGUUCUAUUUUACCACAAAUUCUCUUGGUUUUACCCCAGAGUUUUUAGGGCGUGUCAAGCUUGUUACCUCGAUUGCAUCUUUGCUUGGUGUUGGACUUUAUAAUGGAUUUCUGAAGAAUGUGCCUUUGCGGAAAAUAUUUCUUGCAACUACCAUUUUAGGUUCAGCUCUUGGGAUGACUCAGGUUUUCCUGGUUACUGGACUAAACCGGCAGUUUGGAAUAAGUGAUGAGUGGUUUGCAAUUGGUGAUUCAUUAAUUCUCACUGUUUUGAGUCAGGCAUCUUUCAUGCCCGUUCUAGUGCUAGCAGCAAGAUUAUGUCCUGAAGGAAUGGAGGCAACUCUUUUUGCAACUCUCAUGUCUGUAUCUAAUGGAGGAAGUGUUGUUGGGGGAUUGAUAGGCGCAGGUUUGACUCAACUAUUUGGAAUUACAAAGGACAGUUUUGAUAACUUGGCAGCUUUGAUAAUCCUUUGCAAUCUUAGCUCAUUAUUGCCUUUGCCUCUUCUUGGCCUUCUCCCGGGGGAUAAUCCUGACGCUAACUUGAAGGAUAAUUCCGAUAAUGAGAUGAAGUCUAAUUGAUUCUGGUUGUUUGCCACUGGCAUUUCUUAGAUUUGUCUGUCUUUGCCAAGCUGUACUCAAGUUUUGCUCUCAUUGCUUGCAAAUUCAACAGACAUCAUUACACAAGUGCAGACAGAAUUUUGUACAUAGGACAAUGCGCUAAAGUUGCUUCCACGGCCUUGUUUUAAAAACCUCUUUGAUUAUUAGGUGUCAAUUUGCAUAAGAUCAAAGUUCACUCGGAACUAAAACUGACUUUGUGGAGAAAGAACCUCGAGACAGUGCUACACAAUGUGCUCCGGAGUGGCUCACGAUAGUAAUAGUCAUCGACGACAAAGUUUUAGUCCUGUUCGAAUUUAGAACUAUCCUUCACGGGGUUUCUUUGUAGUAUGCUUUCUCCUUUUUGUUUAAUCAUGUACCCUUUUUCAUUUGUAAGAGAACAUGGGCUUUGUAGUUAUUAGCCAAUAAUCGUCUUUUGACAAUGGGAACCGAGGUUUUGGCCUUUCCUGUCGUGUUUCUAUAAGAUAUUGUAAUUGCCAAUUACCUAAAGUCGACACCGGGCACCAAGCUUUUCUUAUCUUCUAGUGGAGGGACGGUUCAUUGGGCCCAUAUCCUAUCUAAGGUUAAUUAAUUAUCUCGGGAGUUUAUCCUCAAGUCAACGUUCUCAUGUAUGGUAACAUGGAGGAUUUAUUCUGUUUC